AAAAUAAUGAGGAGGAGAGCCAGAAGGGACACGACGAGGGAGGAAGCUCCGCUGUGAUAGACGACGACAAAAGACGAAGACAGAAGACACACAUCUCACUCCCUCCACCCAUCGAUUCCCCUCCGUCCUCUCUCGUCUCGAUCGCUGGUUUUCUUUCCCUGUCGGAGUUUUGAUUAGGGCGGCGGGAAAUCGGACGACAAUGGGAGGGUGCUGCCCGCCGAUGGAUCUUAUGCGGUCGGAGCCGAUGCAGCUGGUUCAGCUCAUCAUCCCCAUCGAGUCCGCCCACCUCACCGUCUCCUACCUCGGCGAUCUCGGCCUCCUCCAAUUCAAGGACCUUAAUGCCGAUAAGAGCCCCUUUCAACGAACUUAUGCAGCUCAGAUUAAAAAAUGUGCAGAGAUGGCACGGAAAUUACGGUUUUUUAAGGAGCAAAUGAAUAAGGCAGGAAUCACACCUUCAAUCAAGUCGAUUUCACGAGCUGAUACCAAUGUGGAUGACUUGGAGAUAAAACUUGGAGAACUUGAGGCGGAACUGGUUGAAAUUAAUGCAAAUGGUGAAAAGUUGCAGCGUGCUUAUAGUGAACUCAUGGAAUCCAAGAUUGUUCUGCAGAAGGUUGGUGAUUUUUUUCAUGUGGCUCAAAGCAGAGCAACUGCCAGGCAGAGAGAAAUUGAAUCAGAGAGUACUGGUGAAGACUCAAUAGACACACCAUUGCUUCGAGAUCAAGAAAUGGCUGCUGAUCCAUCAAAACAAAUUAAAUUGGGGUUUCUUUGUGGACUUGUUCCUCGGGAGAAAUCCAUGGCAUUUGAGAGGAUCCUGUUUCGUGCUACAAGGGGCAAUGUUUUUCUGAAGCAGACUGAGGUUGAAGAGCCUGUUGUGGAUCCUGCAUCUAGAGAGAAGGUAGAAAAAAAUGUGUUUCUGGUCUUCUAUUCUGGUGAAAGAGCCAAGAAUAAAAUCCUGAAGAUAUGCGAUGCUUUUGCGGCUAACCGCUACUCUUUCAAUGAGGACUUAGGAAAACAAUCUCAAGUGAUUUCAGAGGUUCAACGAAGCCUUACGGAACUUAAGACUACUAUAGAUGCUGGGCUAGUGCAUCGUGGCAAUUUAUUGCAGACGAUUGGAGAGCAAUUUGAGCAGUGGAACCAAUUGGUGAGGAAAGAGAAGGCCAUCUAUCACACUCUAAACAUGCUUAGCCUUGAUGUGACAAAAAAGUGUCUUGUUUCUGAAGGUUGGUGCCCCGUGUUUGCAACAAAGCAGAUUCAGGAUGCUUUGCAAAGAGCAGCUUUUGACUCUAAUGCACAAGUUGGAGCUAUUAUUCAGGUUCUUCAAACGAAGGAAAUGCCACCAACAUAUUUCCAAACAAAUAAAUUUACAUCCGCUUUUCAAGAAAUUGUUGAUGCAUAUGGUGUGGCGAAAUAUCAAGAGGCAAAUCCUGGUGUAUAUACCAUUGUCACAUUUCCAUUUCUUUUUGCGGUCAUGUUCGGUGAUUGGGGGCAUGGCAUAUGCCUGUUGCUUGCAACUUUAGUGUUUCUAGUGAGGGAGAAGAAACUUUCUGGCCAGAAACUCGGAGACAUCACAGAGAUGAUCUUUGGUGGGCGUUAUGUUAUUUUAAUGAUGGCGCUCUUCUCGAUCUACACUGGCUUGAUUUACAAUGAGUUCUUCUCGGUUCCAUUUGAAUUAUUUGGACCAUCAGCAUAUGCCUGCCGCGAUCUGGACUGCAAGGAUGCUACUACAGUUGGCCUGAUAAAAGUUCGUGACGCUUACCCCUUUGGGGUUGAUCCAGUGUGGCAUGGGACUAGAACUGAGCUGCCAUUCCUUAAUUCUUUGAAGAUGAAAAUGUCAAUUCUUCUUGGUGUAGCCCAGAUGAAUCUUGGGAUAAUACUGAGCUAUUUCAAUGCAAAGUUCUUCAAGAAUGGUGUGAAUAUCUGGUUCCAAUUUAUCCCCCAGAUGAUAUUCUUGAACAGUUUGUUUGGCUACCUGUCCCUUCUGAUCAUAGUGAAGUGGGCCACGGGUUCGCAAGCUGAUUUGUAUCACGUAAUGAUAUACAUGUUCCUCAGCCCCACUGAAGAUCUCGGUGAAAACAGGCUUUUCCCUGGCCAGGAUAAGUUGCAGCUGGUGCUGCUUCUGUUGGCCCUUGUUUCUGUGCCGUGGAUGCUGCUUCCUAAGCCUUUCCUCCUGAAGAAGCAACACGAAGAGAGGCACCAAGGCCAUUCCUACACGCAGCUGGAGACCACAGAGGAAAGCUUUCAGGUGGAACAGUCUCAUGAUUCCCAUGGUCAUGAGGAAUUUCAGUUCAGUGAAGUUUUUGUUCACCAGCUCAUACAUACCAUAGAGUUUGUACUUGGAGCUGUUUCCAACACAGCCUCUUAUCUUCGUUUAUGGGCCUUAAGUCUUGCCCACUCAGAGUUGUCAAGUGUAUUCUAUGAGAAAGUUCUCAUGCUCGCUUGGGGGUUCAACAAUUUGAUUAUUCUUAUCGUCGGCAUCAUAGUAUUUAUCGCCGCGACCGUGGGCGUGCUCCUAGUGAUGGAAACCCUGAGCGCAUUCCUUCACGCACUGCGUCUCCACUGGGUGGAGUUCCAGAACAAGUUCUACGAGGGAGACGGCUACAAGUUCUUCCCAUUUUCAUUCGUCGUCAUCGGGGAUGAAGAUGAGUAGAGUGAUGCUUCGGAGCCCACUACAUUGUAAUUAGCGCGGCCGAGGAUAUAUUGUCUCGGAGUCCCAAGCGUUGUCUUGUGAUGUUAAUUCCUGCUUGAUUCUUUCAUCAUUCAAGAUGAUGAUGUGGGAAGUGACUUUCUGAAGUGCGGUGUUAUUUUAUUGGGAAAAUUGAUGGGAGAGGAGGCUCUGUUAUCCUUCUGGUUUUCUAUCAGUUGGUGAAAGAGGAGUAAGUAAUAAUCCCGCCUUUUAUUGUUUCACCUGUAAUGGCAUUGGUGGAUAGUAUUUAAUUCAGAGUUCUACUUAUGAUAUGUAUGUAUGUGAGAAAUAAGUCAUGGUCCAUUUCUAGUAUAUGGCUAUUGGUGGAAUAAGAUCCGGAUUCUGGAUAUGUUUGUCGGCCAAUUCGAAACAAUAAAGAUCAAAUAGACAUUAUUGAA